GCUCCAUGUUGUUUAUUUCCAUAAAAUUAACGUAUUUAUUUUCCACUCUAUCUAGCUUUAUCUGUGACCUACGUCAAAAACGUCAAAGUCAAAACCAGCUGCAAUUUCGACAGCGCGGCUCGACGGCGGAGGCAGUGUCAAUUUCAAGUUUUCGUGCAGUGUUUUAAAUCGAAUUUAUUAUAAAAACUUACAACAAGUGUUGUGAUUUAAGUGAUAAAUAUACACCAUGAGCCAAGCCGUCGCCGAACCGCCGAAGGAGCGGUAUAUCCCCAAUGGUCUCAAGUUCGCCUUCGGCGGCCUUGCAGGCAUGGCUGCCACUUGCGUGGUCCAGCCUUUGGACCUCAUCAAGACCCGGAUGCAGCUAAGCGGGGGCGGGCGCUCCUCCUUCACCGUAGCCGGAGAGAUAGUCGCCAGGGAAGGCUUCGUGGCGCUCUACACUGGCCUCUCCGCUGGCCUGUUGCGACAGGCUACGUACACUACUACCAGGCUGGGUGUUUAUAAUAUACUCUUCGACACAUAUAAAGAACGCAACGCCGGCGCUGCCCCUGGUUUCGGUAUGAAGACCCUACUGGGCGUCGCCGCAGGCUCCAUAGGUGCCUUCGUGGGUACUCCGGCCGAAGUUGCCCUUAUUCGUAUGACGGCCGAUGGCCGCUUGCCCGCUGAUCAGAGAAGGAAUUAUAAGAAUGUGGCUGAUGCUCUCAUCAGGAUAGUGCGCGAAGAGGGUGUCCUCAAGUUAUGGCGCGGCGCCACCCCCACCGUCGGCCGAGCCAUGGUCGUCAACGCGGCGCAGCUCAGCACCUACUCACAGGCUCGGGAGGUGUUCGUAGGCUAUGUACCUGAUGGCAUCACACUUCAUUUCUGCGCGUCCAUGGUUUCUGGUCUGGUUACGACAAUCGCCUCCAUGCCUGUGGACAUCAUCAAAACUAGAAUCCAGAACGCAGCCAAGGGCCAAAGCCAGUUGUCCGUAGUGUCCAACCUGCUGAAGAACGAAGGCGUCCUCUCUCUGUGGAAGGGCUUCCUGCCUUACUACGCGCGCCUCGGCCCGCACACCGUGCUAACAUUCAUUUUCUUGGAGCAAAUGAACGCUGCGUAUUUCAAGUACAUGUAGGUAGGAUUUUAAGAGUACCGUGGAAAAUCUGAAUACUGUUUUGUGAGUGAGCAUUUUCAGAACAGACCCCCCAAUUAGCGUAAGUUGUUAACAAAAUUUAACUCACUGUCAGUUUUGUGACGAUAAUUAACCAUAAAAUUUCUAUAAAAAUAUUGUUUUUGUGUUAAUUAGAGAA